AUGCUGUCUUUCUUAUGCUACCUACUGCUGGCGGCCAGCAUGCCAGUCUUUGCCAAAGAAGUCGUCUACGACUUCAAUGUCACCUGGGUCACAGCGAAUCCUGAUGGACUGGCUGACCGCCAGGUAGUCGGCAUCAACGGCCAAUGGCCGCUGCCCAUCAUCGAGGUUGAUAAGGGUGAUCAGUUGGUGGUUAACAUGUACAAUGGACUGGAAAACAAGAGCGCCAGUAUUCACUUUCACGGCAUGUACCAGAACGGAACUAAUGAGAUGGAUGGGCCUUCCAUGGUCACGCAAUGUCCUGUACCUCCUGGUUCGAGUAUUACAUAUAAUUUUACUGUCAACCAGAAUGGCACUUACUGGUAUCAUUGCCAUACUGAUUACUGUUAUCCUGAUGGAUACCGUCAGGCGCUUAUUGUCCAUGAUAACAGCUCCUGGUUUGCCAAUGAGUACGAGGAGGAGUUUACCGUGACUCUCAGUGACUGGUACCAUGAGCUGGCUAUGGACAUCAAGCCCGAGUUCAUGUCGCUGUAUAAUCCCACCGGCGCCGAGCCUAUCCCCAACUCAUGGCUCUUCAAUGAUACUAUGAAUACCAGCAUCGCUGUCAAGCCUAAUACUACCUACCUCCUCCGCCUGGCCAACAUUGCUGCCUUCACAGCCCAGUACUUCUACAUCGAAGACCACCCGCUCACUAUUGUCGAAAUUGACGGUGUCUACACUGAGCCUACCACUGCAGACAUUCUCUAUAUCGCUGUUGCUCAGCGGUACUCUGUUCUCUUUACUACCAAGGCCACAACAGACAAGAACUACCCUAUUGUUACUGUCGUUGAUUCCACCCUCCUUGACACCAUUACCCCUGAUCUCCAACUCAACAAUACCAACUGGCUCCAAUAUGACUCCUCCGCCACCUACCCGCAGGCAAACAUCACUGUCGCCGAAUCAGAUGACCUCGUUCCCUUCGAUGACGGCACCCUGGUCCCCUACGAUCACGUUCCCCUCCUUGAAACCCCUGAUCUAACCGUCAAUGUCGCUGUUAUCAUGGAAAACCUUGAUACAGGCAUGGGCUACGCCUUCCUCAAUAAUAUCAGCUAUACUGCGCCCAAAGUGCCUACUCUCUACACUGUCCUCUCUGCGGGGACCCUUGCUACUGACCCUACUGUUUACGGCGACUAUACCCACACGCAAGUCCUCCCGCACAACGCCAUUGUCGAAAUCAUCCUUAACAACCAAGACACCGGCUCCCAUCCCUUCCACCUGCACGGGCACGUCUUCCAAGUCGUCGCCCGCUACCCAGCCAUGGGCCCGGACUUCCUGUCCCUCGCCGACGCCACAGACCCCAUCGCCUUCGACCCAGCCAACCACACCAGUUUUCCCACCUAUCCGCCGCGCCGGGAUACCGUCGUCGUCCCGCCAAUGGGCUACGUCGUCCUGCGCUUUCGCGCGGAUAACCCGGGCGUCUGGCUCUUCCACUGCCACAUUGACUGGCACUUGAUGCAGGGGCUCGCCAUGACAUUCGUCGAGGCGCCCUUGCUCAUCCAAAAUCGGCUAAGUAUUCCUGCCGACCACAAGGCCGCGUGCGAGGCAGCGGGUGUACCGUGGGAGGGGAAUGCAGCGGGGAAUGUAGAGGACUAUCUUGAUCUGAAGGGGCAGAAUAAACAGCCCGGUUGGAUUCCCGACGGGUUCACGGCGAGAGGUAUCGUCUCGAUGGUGUUUACGGUCAUCAGCGCAAUUCUGGGGAUGGGGGGGAUUGUGCUUUAUGGGCUUUCUGAUCUGAAGUUUUCAAGGCAGGAAGGUGCUGCGGAUGUGCAGGCGGCUGGGAGUGGAAAGGAGAGCCAGGAUGCUGGGACCCAGGAGGUAUAUCAGGAUUAG